ACGAGUCUAGUGUUGCAAAUGGCGAUGGGAGCACCGCCUCAGGAGGCCAGCAAAGUCUAAAGGCGUGGCUUAGAAGAAUGUAGGCGGAAAGGGUCUGGCUACGCGAGACUACUGAUUUAGCUGGUGUGUACACGUACGUGUUGCGUGCACUUGAGCCUUGGACUGGUUAGGUAGCCUAGAGAGUCGUUGUGAGUAUGAGUACAUGGUCCGUUGUACUGUACGUGUUUUGUUCGUGUUUUCAUCAUGCUGUGAUUGUGCGCGUGCGCGUCUGAAAAUCUUGCGUUGUUGGCUACCUGUAUUUCUGCUAUGAGUCUUCACAUACUCGUUGCAUUCUUGUCAACUCCCUUGUUUGCCCACCUACAACCAGAUUACGAGGACACAAUAGAAGUUCACGGCCCAGGAACGUCGUUUUCAUUGCGUUUACCGCCUGGCAUCAAGGAGUGUUUUUAUCAACGCGUCGAACAAGACCAGACUCUAGACGUCGAAUUCCAAGUAACGAAAGGAGGUAAUCUUGACAUCGACUAUUUUGUUAGAAAUCCAAGGAGGAAGAUAAUAUUGAUGAAGUCCCGGAUUAUGAACUCUUGGGAUUCGCAUGUGGGUAUCCCCGUGACUGAGUUGGGCGAUUAUGAGAUUUGCUUCAGCAACGAGUUUAGUCAGGUGUCAAGUAAACAGUUGUUUGUGUCGAUUGGUGUGGCAUCAACAAUGGAGGAAGGGGCUGGUAUGGAACUGGCUGAGAACGAACCAAAUGAAUUUGCUAAAAUUUCAGAAGCACUUGACAAGAUCGAGGUAGCAUUGUACCGUGCUGAACACACACAGAUGUUACUCGUUGCUCACGAGAGCAGAGACGUUUAUUUGGUAGAGAGUAACAACGUAAUGGUUCCAUUCUGGACCAUCAUUGAAUCGUUAGUAAUUUUUCUAGCGACAGUAUGUCAGAUCUAUUUUGUAAAGCAGCUAUUUAUUACUGAGAGAAAUAUGCCUAUGUGAUAGUGAUUUGAGGAUAAUGAUAUACGAUAUACAGUGUAUUGAGUUUGUGCGUGCUCAACACAAAGCAUCACAGACUGCCAUAAACCAAUCUGUCUUCAUGUGUAUGGCAGUUUGCACAGACGCGAAAAUUU